AUGAGGCUACAGAAAGCCAAGGGGAGCUCGCUAUCCUCGCUUCUCCCACGCCGCAGUAAUGUAACCACAGCGCAACAAAGACCAUCGUUUCUCCCACUGCAAGAGGGAUAUAUUAGCCUUCUCUGUACUCAGUGGGUAGUGCUCAGCUUUGCAUGCCUGCCUGUUUGCUCUGGACCCACGACGCCUCGUUGUCACUCUUUCUUUCUUUUUCUUUGCACCGCCAUCCGGGUCCUCCUGCGAACCUUAGCCUGUGGCUGGAACGAUCAAGAAGCCUCGGGUUGCAUUCACGACUUGCUGCAAGCGGAGAAGAGUCCAUUUGCAGGGAAACAACGCGAGCCAUCCUGCAGGGCGGGGAAUUGGCUGCUGUAUGCGUCGCUCUCCGCGCUCCCAAACGGAAGCGGCGCCAGGCCUGCUACUCUCUCUUUUGCACGGGCUAAAGGGAGGUGUGAAGUUGAUGCUGGCCCGGCUAUUUCUAAGCCAUAUUCUUCGUCUGGCCGGAUAUACCAGGGCUCUACGGAGUAUAUAAGUAAUAGGUAUUAUCAGAGACCACUGGGGCUUUUGCUAGGAACCGCAGCCUAUAAAAAGGAGUAG